AUGACGAACACUAAACCUUCAUCUGCACUUGAUGGAGAUGGAGUCAAAGACGCGAAUGGGUUUGAAAAGUAUCAGGAAACUGAGCUUUUUGAGGAUACUUUAGUUAUUCAUAGUCUUUUCACAGAAACUGAGGUGGAAAUGCUCAAUCUGAAUGAUACUGAGAUGGUAGAGGAUUCGGAGCCUGAGAAUUUGACAAUUGAUGCGAAGUGUGACUAUGAGACAGAAGUGGUGCUUGAUAGCGAGGACGAAGAAAUGAAUAAUGCAGGCAAAGUGACUGUUGGUGAAAACAGUUCAGCAGUAAGCAAUUUGCCGGUGCUCUUCAAGAAAAGAUUGUCUAAGAUACUUUGUGAGCAAGCAAACUCAAAAUCAAAUGCAGUCACUUCUGGGAAAUCUGGUACUGGGGACGAAAGAGCUUCAAUUAAUGCUGAGAGCUUUGAUGAUAACAACCAUCGAUACCACUCACCAGAGCCUGAGGAUUCAACCCUAGCUGCUCUAGGCUUUGUGGAUCAGUACUUGUCAUCACUAGACAUGGACCUGUUUCAAGGAGUUCAAAAUGGAAAGAUCACUAGGGAGAAAUCACCUCAUGUCUCGAGUGCAAGAGGAUCAUUAAGUCUGGCUAAGAAACUUAACGCUCGAACUCAAAAUGAAGAUAACGACAUUUUCAAAUGGGCUGAAAAUGAUCAAAUUAAAAAAGAAGCUGGUGUUUUCAGUAAAAAAAUCAAAGCAGCUUUCAAUUUCGGAAGCCACGGACUGACGUAUAGGAGAAGAAUAGAAAAAAAAGGUAGUCAUUCUCAGAACCAAGGAAAAUGUGGUGCAAGUAAUAUAUGUGGUGAGAAUUUAGCUCGAGAACCAAGAAUGGCAGCUGACAAUAAUAACUCUCUGAAGGAAUUGGAUAUUGAGUCCUUUGCCCCAAGAGAGAAUGUUGAAGUUUAUUCUAAUGAAGCACAUACAGAAAACGAUUACCAUAUUGGCUUAGACACUCAAAUAGCUGCUGAAGCUAUGGAUGCCUUAGCCAAUCUAUCCCCUGCUGGCUUUCAUUUCAGUGAUGCUCACCAAUCAGAUAAUGUGGCGGAUGCAUCUCUGAGUGAUUUGAAACAAGCUCGUCAGAAAAAUUCUCCAUUUAAAGAGAAUCCUGGAUCACAGCCUUUUGCACUAAAAUUCUACAAGAGAAUCGUGUCUGCUAGUAGAUUUAGAAAAGUAACUUAUAAUUCCUCAUUCAAGCACAAUAACAAUCAGGAGGAGGGGAUUAUUAGACCUAAGAGGAAGCAAAAUUGUUUAGCGGAGGCAUAUCCAGGGAAGAUAAAUGAUGUUAAGAAAAAACGUCUUAAUUUAUUCACUAGUUCAUAUGGUGUGGCUAGGAAGAGCAGUUUGAACCAUCAGGUUGAAGUUAGUCCACAACUAUCUGCAACUAGCAGUUUUUCAAAGACUGAUUCUUGGGUUUAUCCAAAAGGGCCAAGAGGCAAAAGAAAGCGAGCUAAUGCUCCUAGAGUUUUGUAUAUCAAUGAUAAUGAAAACAAUGUCCGUUCCACUAGAAGUCUAGAAAAUCGCGAUGAUCUUAAGAAAAAGCAUAUUAAUUUAUCUUCUUGUUCAUAUGGUGUGGCUAGAAAGAGUAGGUUGAACAAUCAGGUUGAAGUUAGUCCACAACUAUCUGCGACCAUCAGUUUUUCAAAGAUUGAUUCUUGGACUUAUCCAAAAGGAUCAAGAGGGAAAAGAAAACGAGCUAAUGCCCCAAGUGUUGUGUGUAUUGAUGAUAAAGAAAACAAUGUAUAUUCCACUAAAAGUCUAGAUGUCCCAGAUGAUGUGCAAAAAUCUCGUCUUCCCCCAGUUUCAGCUGGUGAUGCUAAAAAAUUUGAAAACCUGUGUGAUACGCAUCCCUUGUUGCUGGCACAUGUUGAUGUAUCAUCAAACAAGUGUGUUUUACAGUCAAGUUCAGAAGUUUCAGCUUCAGUUCCAAGUGAAGGCAUACAAAUUUCCAAUGGUAACCAUACAUGUAAUGAGCACCGCAAAAAGGCAUGUGAGAAAAAACUGCCAAAGUCUUCACUUUUGAAGGAACUUGUCAGAUUAGGAGUUCCCAAAUCCACGUCAGAAAUGAUGAGCAAAGAUCCGAGACAUCGAAGAGAUAUGACAAAUGUUCGAGUUCUGCUUAGCCAACAUUUGGAUGGCAGUGUCCUCAAGCAGCAACAGAAGAUCUUGGCGCGUCUUAAUGUAUCUACUGUGUCAAGCUCAAUGGAAGCCACUCAUUUCAUAGCAGACAAGUUCACACGAACAAAGAAUAUGCUAGAAACAAUGGCUCUUGGGAACUUAGUAUUGACACACUUAUGGCUUGAGAGUUGUGGACAAGCCAACUGUUUUAUCGAUGAGAAAAAUUAUAUUUUGAGAGAUAUGAAAAAGGAAAAAGAAAUAGGAUUUAGCAUGCCAGUUUCUCUUGCUCGAGCAAGACAAAAGCCACUCCUGAAGGAUAAACGUGUCUACGUAACACCACACGUCAAGCCUAAUAAGGAGGUGGUUGCGAGCUUGGUUACAGCUGUUCAUGGCCAGCUAGUGGAUGAAAAUCACAUAUUUGCAGACAAGAAUGAUAAUAUCUUAGAUGAUCUGUUGAUUCUUUCUUGUGAAGAAGACUUUGCAAUAUGCCGCCAUUUCCUUGAGAGAGGAGCUUCUGUUUACAGUUCGGAGCUUGUUCUGAAUGGAAUUGUAAUCCAGAAAUUGGAACUCGAGAGGCAUAAACUGUUUGUGAACCAAGUUUCAAAGAAUAAACUAGGUAAAUGUAAUUGGUUUGGGAAGGUUUACAGAAGGGGUUUGAGGCCUUUAUCUUGA